ACAAUUUAUAUCGAAGUGACGUAUCCACAGUGCGCUUGUCAUAUGACUAUCGAGGUCCAUACAAUUUUGGACAAUCCGGAUAUAGCAGAGAUAAUCGAUCAGUUGAACAUGCGACUCAAUACUUGACGUGCACUUUAUGAUAUGUCAAAGAUCCUGAUAAAAACUAGAUAGAAUGCCAUUGUCAACAGCACUCAUCCCUCUCGCUUUGUUCAUUGGAGUAGCCACACGAUCCAGAGGCAGUGAUGAGUGUGUGGCCCGUAACUUUGGCCAUGGCUCGGUGGUGUGUGAGUGUAACUCCACCCACUGUGACAGUAUUGGGUCGGACACACUACCUGUCUUGGGUCAGUUCCUGUCCUUCACCAGCAGUAAGGCUGGCAGCAGGCUGCAGAGAGGACAGGGACAGGGACAGAAGAACAGCACUGGAGCAGUUCUCAGGCUGACUGUGGUUCCCUACCAGAAGUACCAGAGGAUCAGAGGGUUUGGAGGAGCCAUGACAGACUCAGCUGCCAUCAACAUCCUGUCUCUGUCCCCCAGAACACAGGACCAGCUACUACGACAGUACUUCUCUGCUCAGGGUAUUGGGUACAGUGUGGUGCGGGUGCCCAUUGCCAGCUGUGACUUCUCAACCCAUCUGUACACCUAUGCCGACUCACCUGGAGACUACAACCUGGACAACUUUACCUUAGCACCAGAGGACACUAACAUGAAGAUCCCCCUGCUGCAGCGAGCCCAGGCCCUGUCGCCCCGCCCCCUGUCUCUGCUGGCCAGUGCCUGGAGCGCCCCCGCAUGGUUGAAGACCAACGGUGCUCUCACUGGCAAGGGCUCUUUGAAGGGCCAGCCUGGGGGCAAGGAGCACAAGACCUGGGCUAAAUACUAUGUCAGGUUCCUGGAGGAGUAUGCCAAAUACAACCUAUCAUUCUGGGCCGUGACCACAGGCAACGAGCCCUCUGCUGGACAGAUGACCAACUACAGUUUCCAGGCUCUGGGCUUCACAGCAGAGGAGCAGAGGGAUUGGGUGGGCCUGGACCUUGGCCCCGCCCUGCACACCUCCACACACCCCCACACACACCUCCUCAUCCUGGACGACAACAGACUGCUACUGCCACACUGGGCUAAAGUGGUCCUCAGUGAUGUGCGUGCUGGCAGGUAUAUCCACGGUGUUGGAGUCCACUGGUACCUGGACACUCUGGUGCCGGCAGAGCUCUCCCUGGGCACUACCCACCACCUGUACCCAGAAUACUAUCUGUUUGGAACAGAGGCCUGCGCUGGCUGGAGCCCCACAGACAGAGGAGUACGGCUGGGUAGCUGGGAGAGAGCUGAGCAGUACGCACACAGCAUCAUACAGGACCUGAACCACUAUGUGGUGGGCUGGACAGACUGGAACCUGGCUCUGGACCAAGGAGGAGGGCCCAACUGGGUGAAGAACUUCGUGGACAGCCCCAUCAUCGUGGACCACAGCCGAGACAUCUUCUACAAACAGCCCACCUUCUAUAGCAUGGCCCACUUCAGUAAGUUCCUGUGGGAGGGGUCUCAGAGAGUGGGUGUGUCCUUCAGUCAGGAAACAAAACUGGAAAGCUCUGCCUUCGUCAGGCCAGACGGGUCAGUGGUGCUUACCAUCCUCAACAGGUCGUCGUCAGAGGUCCAGUUUGAGGUGUAUGAUCCUGCUGUGGGUUUCAUCUCCUCCAGUGCUCCAGCCCACUCCCUGCUCACACUCGCUUGGAACACACGCUGAUCACACUGGAAUGGAACACACACAUAUACAGACAAACACACACUCUGACCGCACACAUCACACACCUUUACUGCCAGGGCCAAAGCAUUGUCUCAGUCGGCAUUACCCCUGUGCUACACUUCCAAAAAACAACCAAACAUUUGUCAUCACCAUUAUCCCUCACUACCAGGUCUGCUACAUUUCCACCACCACACUCAACUCCCACCACCAUCCAAAGCCCAAUGUGCUGCCUCAUAACAGCCUGACUGUUCACAGCAUACCUGAUAACCCUGCAGCAUCGUGGGCUCUGCCAUUUCUUUGAUCAGAGCUUGAAAUGUGUGUGUGGUUUAGCCAAUACAGCCAAAUAUGUUGUCUGUUUCUAUGUAUGCUGUGACUAUCUGCACUGAUCUUCAUCACGCUGGGAAAGGCUCUGGAAUGUGUGAAUAUAGCAUGUGAUCAAACCAGGGCCAGGUACACUACUAUGAUCAGACACUGCUGCUGCUUGAGAAGGUCUGACCAUUACACCGGUCUGCUAACAACCGUUUCUAAACUGAAAUCUGGUUAAUAACGGUGUGAACAUGGUUUAUAAAAGAGAUCAUGUAAAGUAAUAAUGUAUUAAUGCCAUUUAAAACCAUUUGCCUUUUGAAUUUGAAUAAAUGAUUUGUCUCUA